UUUCAAGGCGCCUCAAGCAACCAGCAAGGUAUGUUUAUUUUGAUGGAGUGUUGCGUAUUUAAAAUCUGUUAAGCACGGUUAACACUUGCUAUAAAAACACAGACCAAUUUUUUCCCUGUGGCAUUCCUUUUAUUAUUUGAUUUUUUAUGUGCAGGUAAAUGCCGACGUUGUGGUAGCAUUUUGAAGAAGAAGAUGGCACAGAGGUAUCCAGUAUCAGAGAUUGCUGACAACAUAAAAAAAGGCAAAGAUAAGAUCAUCCAGGUUUAUGACAUGCUUCCUAAUUUCUGCCUGAGUGAAGAGAUUCCUGGCUUAUUGGAUGGACUUCGAAAUGCAAUGAAAGAUUAUGUUAUGCUUGAUACCAGUCAUCAAGAUCUCAAAACAAGCAAACAAAAAGUAAUUCAGUUAUGCACAGAGAAGGCUGAAAGAGAAAUCCAUGAUGGCAUUAAGUGUUCAACAUUACAUGAAGAAAUAAAUCAAUUGUUGAAAAAUACCAUGUCAAAAGAACUAGAAAAACAUUCUGAAGGUUUCUUGGAAAGAGAUCCUUUAUAUGUCACCAUGAAGGACUUUAAUCAGACUGAAACCAGUAAUAUUGAAGACCAAGAAAUGGAUAACGAGGACGGGUUAGCGGUUACAGGGGAAACCGUUCAGAUAAUAGAUCCCUAUUCUAAAAGGGAAUUUUCUAAUCCUGUGAAGAAUUCAAGAUGUAAACAUUCCUAUGAAAAGGAGAUCAUUCAAAGCUUGAUGGCUGCAAACAAAAAUACAAAAUGUUAUUGGAUGGGGUGUAAUAACCGUGUGCCGAUUAGGGCAGAUGAUCUUGUUCCGGACGAUGAACUCAAACGUCAUAUUACCCGUAUGAAAGCUAGAGCUGCCAUAUAAUAUUGCUUCGUCGUUUGGAUUUAUUUAAGUGACCCCAGAUCAAAUGAAAUAUCCUGUUUUAUGUGCGUACAUCUCAUUUUCUUUCUUGAAAUUGAGAUACUUGAGUAGAUCGUCAGGAGUCAAUAAACGAAUCAAGAUCAUUUUUAUAAAUACAAAGUACCGUGGCCUUGUCA